AUGCAGUUCUCAACUCGCUCAGCCCUAGCGGCCCUCCUCAUGGCCACCGACGCCCUGGCCUGCGGCAAGGGUUACCACCACCGCCCCAGGCCCACGACGCUGCAGACCUCGACCCUGAUCGCGACGCCCGUGCCCUCAUCCACCCCCAUCGCCGAGGCCCCAGCGGUUCCCACCAUCCUCCCCACAGUCGUCGAGAGCUCCUCCUCUGCCUCGUCGUCCUCGUCCUCCGUCGUCAUCGAGCCGAGCACGACUUCGUCGUCCUCCUCGGCCGCGUCGACGCCCACCACCCCUGCCACGUCCGGCCUCACCGCCGACGAGCAGGCCGCCCUGGACAGCCAGAACAGCGCCCGUGCCGACGUUGGCGCCACCGCCCUCACCUGGGACGCCGGCCUCGCCAGCGACGCCCUCGAGUGGGCCCAGCACCUCGCCUCCUCCGGGUCCUCGGGAACCCUGACCCACUCCACCACCACCUCCGAUGGUGAGAACCUGUACUGGCAGAGCAGCUCCGGCUCGCCCUACGCCAACGCGGCCAACGCCUGGGUCGGCGAGAAGGACCUCUACAACGGCGAGGCUAUCACCGGCACCGGCAACUUCGAGGAGUACGGCCACUACACUCAAGUCAUCUGGGCCUCUACCUCCAAGGUUGGCAUGGCUGUUGCAUCUGACGGAAGCGGUGGAUACUACGUCGUCGCCCGCUACAACCCUGCAGGUAACAUGAUUGGCGAGACUCCCUCUUCUGGUUAA